AUGGAUUGCGAUUCGGAGUAUGACGAUCCUGUCUCCGAUAUUGAUGAGAAUUACGAGUUUAAUCCAGACAAGGAGUACAUAUCUCCUAUAGCCACGCCCUUAUUACUGGGCAAGGCUAGAAUAAAGGCACUACAGUUAGUGCAAAAGGCCAUCGCAUUGGAGAAUUUUGCCAAGCAGCAAUUCAAAACAAAUUUAAGUAGCGGAGCUACUGUAAAUGUAGAUUUAGCGCUAUGCAGAUGUAUCAAACGAGGGGUGAUUGACGUGACAAAGGCAGUGAGAAAGAAUAUAAAAGGUUUGGUUUUAAUAGCCUCUGACGUUUACCCUGUGGAUGUGGUUGCUCAUCUACCAAUUCUAUGCGAGGAAAAAAAUCUAACAUAUGCCUAUUUGCCCUGCAAAAAGAUUCUCGCAGCCACCUGUAGAUCAAAGCGUCCGGUUUGUGUGGUUUUAGUUGUUGAACCGCCAGACAAUUUUCAGAAAUUGAUGUCCCAACUUACUAACGCGGAGCACUUGGAUUAUUCCAAGAUUUUUGAAAAGGUAGAUUCGGCUAUUCGCAAGGGACAUCCCUAUUUAUGA